AAUUGUCACUUUUAUGAGAAUGGUUGUUAAUCUAACUUUCAUUGCCACUUUUAUGAGAAUGAUUGAUUAAUCUGAUUGACUGCUGCUAUAUAUAUGUUGUAUGAUUUUGAGGUCCAUAUACCAGACAGUCUCCUCUUACAUAAACACUCUACUAAUUACCUUUCAAUCUUCCUGCAUGGCAUUUAAUCCAGACAAUUCCGAUGGCCAUCUCAACCCCAUUCGCCUCAAAGUCAUAUUAGAGGCUAGCAGGGUGAAAGAUCAAGAAGCUGUUGAAGUUCCAAGAGGUUCCCUGAAUAGUCUUAAUAUGUCCAUUUCUGAGAAUCAAGAAGAGGCGGAACCCUUUUAUAUUCUCGAUAUAGGGGUUGUCAUAAGCCUCGUGGAGAAAUGGAGUCAUCACCUACCCCAUGUUAAACCCUUUUAUGCUGUCAAACGCAAUAAUGAGUCUGCAUUGCUUAUUGUUCUUGCAACACUUGGUGCAAACUUUGACUGUGCUAGUCAGGCUGAGAUUGAGGCAAUUUUGGGCCUUGGUAUUAGUCCUGACAGGAUUCUUUAUGCCAAUCCAUGCAAGAGUGUCUCCCAUAUCAAGUACGCAGCCAGAGUCGAGUAUACCUGACAACUUUUGAUUCCAAGGAAGAAGUUGACAAGAUCAGAAAAUGGCAUCCACAGUGUAGUUUACUACUUCGUGCUGAAAUCCAAAACGACAAGAGCUCCUGGAUUCACUUGGCA